AUGGCCUCCGCUAUGUCGAGCUUCAUGGGCACUCGCCCCGUGGUGACCGCUCAGCGCCCCGCGCGCGUGAGCGCCCGCAUGGUCACCCGGGCCGCCGCCGACGCAUACCCCGAGCCCGGCAAGAACCCCUAUGAUGGAGACUUCUCCGACCUGCCCUGGCCCAACUGGGCUGACGGCAAGUCCGCCGACGAGAUCGCCAAGUGGCAGGAGCGCGAGCUGAUCCACGCCCGGUGGGCCAUGAUGGGCUGCGCCGGCGCCUGGGGCGGCGAGGUCGGCACCGGCGUGCCGUGGUUCAAGGCCGGUCUGCUGUGCACCCCCGAGGACUGCACCAAGAUGAACAGCAUCUUCCCCGGACAGGUCCUGGGCCUCGCCCCCGAGGGCUCCGGCUUCCCCAACUUCUACGCCGUCCUGGCCGUCGAGGUCGUCGCCAUCGGCCUGGCUGAGGCCUACAGGACGGGCCUGAUCGAGCCUGCCUACCCCGAGCUGGAGGUCGGUGACCUCCACCCCGGUGGCGAGCACUUCGACCCGCUCGGCCUCGGUGCUGACCCCGGCAAGCUUGAUGAGCUCAAGCUGAAGGAGCUGAAGAACGGCCGCCUGGCCAUGGCUUCCUGGCUCGGGUACCUGGUCCAGGCUUUCGUUACCAACCCCGGCAGCGACCUGCCCUCCUACUCCGAGGGUGCCCCAGGCCCCUACGCCAACUGGCAGGCGCACGUCGCCGACCCCCUGGGCGACAACCUGUGGAAGUACAUCGGCAACUAA